UCUUUGGCCACACUCUUAAGCAUUGUUGUUUACGUUUUUUGUUUCUCUUCAAUUUGCCGCAAAAAUGAUGCAAAGAUUACCGACACAGGCUACUGUGGAGAAUCCCCGCUACGGGCAGUUAAUUAUUGGACCACCGGGUUCCGGCAAGACUACAUACUGUGCCGAGGCCUUCAAAUUCUACCGCGAACUGGGCCGCGAAGUCGGCGUGGUGAAUCUGGAUCCAGCGAACGAAAACAUGUCCUAUGAGCCAGUGCUCAGUGUAAUGGAGCUUAUCACCGUGGAAGAUUGCAUGGAGCACCUGAAGCUGGGCCCAAACGGGGCAUUAAUGCACUGCGCCGAAUAUCUCUACGAUCACCUGGAGGACUGGCUUCUACCGGCACUGCGCAAAUUGGGCGCCACCCAUAACUAUUUUCUGUUUGAUUGUCCCGGGCAAAUCGAGCUGUAUACUCAUCACAGUGCCAUGGCUCGGGUGUUUGAGCGACUAAAGCGGGAGCGGUACAAUCUAGUCACCAUGAACCUCAUCGAUUCGCAUUACUGCUCUGAGCCGGCCAAAUUCAUUGCCACUUUGCUGAUGGCCUUAAAUACCAUGUUAAGGAUGAGUCUGCCCCACGUAAAUGUUCUUUCCAAGGCUGAUUUACUUAGAAAGCACGAAUCCAAGUUGCAUUUUAAUGUGGACUACUACACAGACGUCCUGGACCUCAAGUAUCUGCUGGAAAAGCUCGACGAUGACCCGACGAUGCGGAAGCAUCAAAAACUGAACGCCGCCAUAUGUUCCAUGGUAGAGGACUACGCCCUGGUUUCGUUCCAAUUGCUGGACGCUUUUAGCACGGAUAGCAUGCUGCGCCUGCGCAAUCAUAUAGAUAAAGCCAAUGGCUAUGUUUAUAAGGCGGGAGAAGAGCAGACUGUUAACUCACUUCUCGCCUGUGCGGUGGGUGCAGAAACGGAGGCUGCCCGUCAGCAGCACGACUUUCAGCCCUAUAUGGAGGAGUAAUGAAAAAAACGCAAAUGCACCUCUCUUCAUGAAGAGCCUGUGAUAAACUCCCUAAACCCAACUGGAUCCGAAAUAAAUUACACUAUUCUUUAUAUUUGAUAUUUUUGUAUUUAUCGGGUAGUGAAGUUUUACAUUUCUUAAUUUUGUUUUGAGCAUAUCAGCAUUAUAAAAAUUGUUAGCAAUUAGUUCAAUAAUUACUGUUGAAAAAAUGUAACAAGUCGCAAGAAAGUCUAAAGACCCCAUAAAGUAAAUAUAUUCCUGAACAGGAUUAUCAGACAA